AGAAGCAAAGGAGGAAGAAGCUGAGCAGCGUCCAGUUCCCGGUGGAGCAAGAAGAGUUGUUGUUUUUAAAUUCUAGCUGCUUUUGUGUAUGUAAUGUUGGUCUGGAGCUCCCCUGAGGUGCACGUGCAGAUGGAGCUGCUGUUCUCAUGGCUGUAGCGCCUGUUCGCUCUGAGAUAUCGCGAUGUUUUCCUCCAACAUGGAAACAAAAAGAGUGGAGAUCCCGUCCGGUAUGCUGGACGACCUCUGCAGCCGCUUCAUCCUUCACAUCCCCAGUGAGGAGAGAGACAACGCUAUCCGGGUGUGCUUCCAGAUCGAGCUGGCCCACUGGUUCUACCUGGACUUCUGCAUGCAGAACACUCCAGGAGCUCCUCACUGCGGGAUCAGAGACUUCGCCAAAGCAGUGUUCCACCACUGUCCGUUUCUGCUGCCUCAUGGAGAAGAUGUCCAGAAGAUCCUGGAACAGUGGAAGGAGUACAAGAUGGGAGUUCCUACUUUUGGAGCCAUCAUUCUGGAUGAAUCUCUAGAAAACGCGCUGCUCGUUCAGGGAUACCUUGCUAAGUCCGGCUGGGGCUUUCCAAAGGGGAAGGUGAAUGAGGAUGAAGCUCCUCAUGACUGUGCAGUGCGGGAAGUGAUGGAGGAGACGGGCUUCGACAUCAAGAAUCGCAUCUCCAAAGACGUGUACAUUGAGCAGAAGAUCACCGACCAGGUGGUGCGGCUCUACAUCAUCCCCGGAGUGUCGAGGGACACCAAGUUCAACCCCAGGACGAGGAAGGAGAUCAGGAACAUUGAGUGGUUUCCUAUUGAGAAGCUGCCCUGUCACAGGAAUGACAUGACCCCGAAGUCCAAACUCGGACUUGCCCCCAACAGAUUUUUCAUGGCCAUUCCCUUCAUAAGGCCGUUGAGAGAAUGGAUCAACCGGCUGAAAGGCGAGUCAACGGACAGCGACGAGGACUUUGCAAACAAUGGAAACACUCCAAACAAACCUGCAGACAACGCUCGGUCAAAGUCUCGCCGCCUCCCAGGUAAUGAAGCAUUUCCAGGAGAGGGAUGGGCCAAAAACAAGCAGAGGGCUGCCGGCCAGCUGAGCCAGUAUGAGUUCAACCAGAACCCAAGUGUGAAAAGUAACGGUAAGAAAAGUCAGGACUCGUCUGCGGUGAAGAAAGGAGCGAAUGAGAACGGGGCCAACAGCCAGCAGAAAGAAGAUAAGAAACUUCAACCCAGAAGACUGCAAGACAGUUUUGAGAAAGAUGGAUCUCCAAGCGGCUCCAGCGGUCAGACCGUCUACAGCGAAGACCCCGAGCAGCUGCUGUCCUCCAAGGUUUUCCUCAAUUUCAAAUUUGACCGAGAAGCCAUCAUGAAAUGUUUUGACUACUGACACAGUUGCAGCGCUGGGCCUCUCCUGGGAGCGCAUCGAACCGUGGCUACUAAAAUGACUCUUUUUAUACCUUUAUAGUCAAAGCAAGUUGUUACUGAAGCGGCUCCUUUCCUCGUCGCCUUCCUCGUCAUGUGUAGUUGUUUAUUUCUCAUUGAACACGGUUUUUAAGGCAGAAUCCUAACUUUACUUCUUUGAAAAACCUAAAUCAUGGUGCAAUCUGCAGAGGACAACACAGGACAAUAGGAGAGGACUCCUCAGGUUGAUCAGUAGUCUUUUAAAAAGGUCAAAAGUUUUGAGACCCUAAUGAAUUUUAAGCACAUUUGAGGUGACAUUAGCUGUGAUAUUUUGGUGAUUUUUUAAGAUGUAAUCAAUUAGGUGUUGGUAGUUUCCUCCAUUUUUCAACUUCAGUGCCUACAAAGGUGGGUUGGCUGUUUAAAAAGGGUAGGUAUUGAUAAUAUUAUUGUCUUUGCAUAUUUAUAUGGUGUUAUUGGCUGUAUUACGAAAAUGACUUAGGAUUUUAAACAUGAACUUCCAUGGCCGCCAACAUCGAAAUGCAAUUAUCUGUGUCUAUGUAGCUUUCAUUCAAGGUUUUGCAAUUCGAUUUUAACAUUUUAAUAUUGUCAUUCAUCAUAUGCACACACAGGGAACAUUACAUUUCAGCUAGUUUAGUUUUAGUAUUUUUAGCCACAGAUUUCCAUACAUUGUUAAUUGGCCUUAACGUGACCCAAAUCAUAUGGCUGUACGUCCGUCUGGUUUCUGCAGACUGCAGGGUUUACAUAUUAGAGGUCAUGUUGAGAUUUAGAACACCAGUAGUCAGACUCUACACAACGCACUAGUUAACUGCUAAAUAAUUUGGAUGGUUUGACAGGUCGCAGACUCCUAGCUUUGCCGCAUGUUUGACGAACACGUUGUUAGACUUAAGGUUUUUCAAAUUCAAACUUUUACAAUUUAUAUUUUUGCAAUGUCUCACAUAGGUCUCAUAUACAUGCAUAUAUGUGAGAUGACUGGAUGUUGAUGUGAUUCUCACUGGGGUUUCUUUUCUAUUGACUGUACAGAUGGUGAUCUCACGUUGUUUUUCGGCUUCAAUGUUUUUGUCUUAAACUGUGAAUAUUAAUAAAGUUUGUUUUUUUCA